CACUCUUAGUAGUUAUUCAUUCUCGAUCUCCAAUAUGGCAUUCGCAUUCUCAGGUUUCGAAGGCUUCGAGAAGAGGCUGGAGCUCCAUUUCUUUGGCGACGACCCAACUAUCCUCCAACUAGGCCUCAGAAAACUCUCCUUCGAGUGCAUACAACAAACCCUAGAAGCAGUCCAAUGCACUGUCGUUUCAGCCGUUGGAAACUCCUACUUUGACGCUUAUGUGUUAUCAGAAUCAAGCCUCUUUGUGUACCCAACAAAGAUCAUCAUCAAAACGUGUGGAACCACGCAGCUUCUCAAAUCCAUAACUCCCUUAAUCUUCUACGCACAGACCCAUCUCGGUCUCACUCUCUCUUUAUGUCGCUACACCCGCGGAAGCUUCAUCUUCCCUCUGUCACAACCCUUCCCUCACACGAGCUUCGAACACGAAGUUACUUACUUGGAAACAACCCUUCCUUCGGACCUGUGUUUCAGAAAAGCCUCCAUCAUGCCCUCGAAAUCCUCCUCACACGCGUGGCACGUGUUCACCGCCACGAAUAUUCCUCAUCAUCACUCUCGCGCUCUUUACAGCGAAAGCCACGCUUACACCAUGGAAAUCUGCAUGACCGACCUAGACCCCGUCCUCGCAAGAAAGUUUUUCCGCCGCGCCGGCGACGGAAAAACCGGCGACUCCGCCGGGAAGGAGAUGACGGAGCUCACCGGAGUUGACGAGAUUAACCCGCAGGCGCUUGUGUGCGAUUUCGCGUUCGACCCGUGCGGGUACUCCAUGAAUGGCAUAGAUGGGGAGUGGUACUCCACGAUUCACGUGACGCCGGAAGACGGUUACAGCUACGCGAGUUUCGAAUGUGUGGGGUCCGUGAAUGAUGACGUGGACAUACUCCACGUGUUGAGGAAGGUGGUGCAGAUAUUCCGACCGGGGACGAUGUCGGUCUCUACGACGUCGUUGGGGAGCGAGAUGUGGAGAGAGGUAUCGGGUGCGGUGGAGCCCAUGGGAAUGAAGUUGAGGAGCUGCGCGAUGGACCAGUUCCCGGAUUCUGGGAGCGUUGUCUUUCAAACGUUUACGCCGCUUCGCCGGAAAAGUGCACACUAGGUAGGAAUUGGAUGAGGUAGGGUUUAGGUGAAAAAAUUUUAGGGGUGGUGACGUGGCAGGAUGUGAUUGGUAUUUGUUGGUCUAUUGACAAAAUUACUUUUAACCACCUGAAAAACAAACAUGCAAAUAAGUGAUGGAGGUUGGGAUACGGGUCUGGGAGGAUCAUCAUAAUGCACCCCGCUUAGGCUUGUCACGACUAAGAUUUUUGAGGAUGUGUUAGUGGGUGUAAAAGUGCUCUUGUUUUUCUUGAGGUUAUAUAUUGAAAUUCCUUUCCCUCUUCUGUGUUUUUAUCAAUCUCUUUGUCUUUUAAUUAUGCUUUGUUUAGCUUCUCACGACU